AGAAAGGACAGGCGUAAUGGGGUCCUGUUGUGUGAGAGGGAUUUAAGUCGAAACUAGUUAUUCAGAUGCCGGUCGGUUAGGGUGGGGGCCUGGGUGUCGGCACCAUGCCCCCUACGCAGACCUUAGGCUACAAACCUAUCAGCAAGCAGGCCGCAGCUACCUGUAGUCUAAAGACCUCCAGCUCAGGGCCCAGCCCGCAGCUGCGCCCGGGCCCCGCACCGAAGGGGUUAAGCGACCGCCCUCCGCUCAGACGUUUACAAACACUCGGGAGCCGGGCCGGGACCGCGCCCGCUACUCUAAUGAGAAACAGGCUCGGCGGGGCCGGGGCGCAGGGGAGGGCUGGCCCGGCCGGCCCGAGCUCCGCCGCAGCAGAGGCGACUCCCCGCCCCCCUCCCCUCCCGCCCUCCCUCUGGCCCGCCCUGGGGACCCCCCAGCCCCGGGGGACCCCAGUGACGUGCGGAGCUGCCCCGGCGGCGAGCCCAGGACCGCGACGCCGGAGGGGCGGGGAGGAGAAGCCAGGCCGGCGGGGAGAGAAGAAUGUUGCGAGGCCGAGCGGGGAGCUUCAUCAUGGAAAUAAAGAAAGGAGAGACCCUAGGAGAGAGACAGUGAGGAGCAUCCUGAGACGGACUGCCAACCCGCACCUAAGAGUCGGACCGAGGGCCGUGGGAAGCAGAGGCAAGGCGGGCAGGGGUAGAGACCCUGCCCCGGCUCUAGCUCGCCAUCCCCGACACGCCGCCUACGCACUCCCCGGCCUCCCACCCCCCCGCUCCGCUCCGCAGCACUAGCAGACGUGCGCAUUCUUUUCAAAUGUCAUAUUUCCUUUGAUCCUGGGCAGCGUUUCUCCAUGUGUCUGGCUCAGCUCCUGCCCAGCCAGCCGCUCCCCCCGCCCUCACCCGACUCUGUGUAUUUUGCUGAGGUCCCUCCCUCCCCUCCCAGCAUCUGGAAGGCCCUGAGGACUGGCGUUGGCGCCCAUUCCCCUGGAGACUCUGGCCUCGCCUUCCAGUGACUCAAUUUCCCCUCUGCGGGUGGGGGCCGGGAGGUGGGGUGCGGGCGGAGAAAAGAGUUGCGCGUAAAUGUGGUAUGAACGAGCCUGCAGACUGCUCAGCGCGCCAAGCUCUCCUCGUGGGGCAGAGGAGGGGGGCUCCCCUCGACUCUGAAAACCCUCGGAUCUGUCUGAACUGCAGCUAAGGGAUGGAAUUUAUGACUUCUGCGAAGCCCUGCUCGGGAAAGAGUGGGUAGUUGUAGGUUUGGGUUUCUCCGCACAUCUGCCCCCUGGCGACCACAAAGACCCAGCAGCCCUCCCUCCCGCGGGUCCGGUUUCUCGACCGCCGGGCCUUGGUCCCUGAUCCGCGGUCCCCUAGCGCGCACAUCUGAGCACAGCUCCUUUUUCUCACCUUGUGUUCCUGGAGCGUUGACUUCUGCCCUCCACUUUCACAAGCGUGACUCAACGGCCUUGGAAGUGGACUUUUGUUGUUGUUGUUUCUAAAUUACACAAAAAUACAGUCUCCUUGUAAAGGAUUCAAGCCAUACAAAAAUAUAUAGGAAGCUGUGUU